AUGAUACGCUCCUAUCAGCUGUACCCGUCGAGAAGCGAGUACGGUGGUAACUUGGGUAACUGGUGCCUGAGCGGUUACCAGUUCGUUGGGUUCCUAUGGGGCAGUGCGCAGCUCGCGGGAAACUGUGGCGACGGCGACGGCUCUGAUCCCGGUGGCAGACCUUCGCUGUCGUCACCGACUGCGGUCAUGUUGGACGCGGACGCGUUCCGACGCCACCGGGAUGAGUACGUGUUCGCCAAGUGCAUGGACGCUGUGUACUGCCGGGCAGGAAAUGAUGUGCCGCUAUGGUACCACUCGUACCAGCUGUGGAACUUGACAGCCCUGCCAAGCUGGGACCGGGUGAACGGGUGCCUGAUGGCCGCAUUCCAGCGGGACGUGCUGGGCCGGUUCGAGAUCGUCCGCCAAUUGGCCUUUUGCGAACUGUUCAAAUUCGCCCAAAACGUUCGUCCACCAGGUAUGUCAUUUUACGAUAUUGUACCUGCUAUGCCACCGCUGGAGACGGCCGUGAGCCCGACGGUGACGGACGUUUUGACCGACGAUGACGACGACGACGACGACGAAGACGUCGAAGACGACGCAAAAAGAAUUAACGAAUACGGAGAAAUUGAAGAUGGAUAA